CUGUUUGCCAAUUGCUGAUGUCAAUCCGCGUUUCCCCUUAUUAUUUCUUGAUUAUGUUGACUAUUUUAGCAACCAACUCCUCAAGCUUCAACCUCAUCCGCCAUUGUUGCUUGCUUUACAAAGCUCAAAAGCUCUUCAAAUCAUCUCAUUUUCAUUGAUUUCCCCAUGGGACAAGAUAAAGCGAAACUAGUAGAAGAAUACGAAAUCCUAGAUAUACUAGGACGAGGUGGAUUCUCAGUCGUAAGAAAAGGUAUAAAAAGAAAGAACGGAUCAGAUCAUGAGAAAACACAAGUCGCCAUUAAAACACUGAAACGAUUCGGAACGACGCCGUCACCAGCUCGAGUCGAGAAAACAAUUGCUUCGAUGGCGGCGUUAUUGCCGACGCGUAACCAGGUUUCCAUCUCCGACGCGCUGUUGACGAACGAGAUCCUCGUCAUGAGGAAGAUCGUCGAGAACGUUUCGCCGCAUCCGAACGUGAUCGAUCUCUACGACGUUUACGAAGAUCAAGCCGGGGUUCAUUUGGUGCUGGAAUUGUGCUCCGGCGGCGAGUUGUUCGAUCGGAUAGUAGCGGAAACACGGUACUCGGAAGCCGGUGCGGCAGCGGUGGUACGGCAGAUCGCGGGAGGAUUAGCGGCGAUCCAUAAGGCGAACAUUGUUCAUAGAGAUCUGAAACCGGAGAACUGCUUGUUCUUGAAUAAAAAUAAAGAUUCAACGUUGAAGAUCAUGGACUUUGGAUUGAGUUCGGUGGAAGAAUUUACGGAUCCGGUUAUCGGGUUGUUUGGAUCCAUAGAUUAUGUUUCACCUGAGGCGCUUUCUCAAGGGCAAAUCACAGCAAAGAGCGAUAUGUGGUCUUUGGGUGUCAUCUUAUACAUCUUGCUUUCGGGGUAUCCACCAUUUAUUGCUCAAUCCAAUCGUCAGAAACAACAGAUGAUCAUGGCUGGAGAAUACAAUUUCGAUGAGAGGACAUGGAAAAACAUUUCUUCAUCAGCAAAGCAUUUGAUUUCUAAUCUGUUGCAAGUUGAUCCUGAUAGAAGACCUAGUGCUGAACAACUUCUAGCUCAUCCAUGGGUCAUCGGGGAUUCAGCAAAGCAAGAACAAAUAGAUGCGGAGGUUGUUUCCAGAUUGCAGAGUUUUAACGCGCGUCGUAAGCUACGUGCUGCCGCCAUAGCCAGUGUGUUGAGCAGCAAGGUUUUACUAAGGACGAAGAGGUUAAGAAGUUUGCUUGGCUCCCAUGACCUUUCAAAGGACGAAAUUGAUAACCUCAAGUCGAACUUUAAGAAAAUAUGUGCUAACGGUGACAAUGCUACUUUACCCGAAUUUGAGGAGGUGCUAAAAGCAAUGAACAUGUCUUCACUACUUCCUUUGGCUACUCGUAUCUUUGACCUAUUCGAUAGCAAUCGAGAUGGUACUGUUGAUAUGAGAGAAAUUGUGUGUGGAUUUUCCAGUCUUAAGAAUUCUAAAGGAGAUGACGCUCUUCGCCUGUGCUUCGAGAUGUAUGAUACAGAUCGAUCUGGAUGCAUUACUAAAGAAGAACUAGCAUCAAUGUUAAGAGCAUUGCCCGAUGACUGUCUUCCACCAGAUAUUACAGAACCUGGAAAGUUAGAUGAAAUAUUCGAUCGAAUGGAUGCAAACAGUGAUGGGAAGGUUACGUUCGAAGAAUUUAAGGAUGCCAUGCAAAGAGACAGCUCUCUCCAAGACGUAGUCCUCUCUUCUCUUCGACAACAGUAAUAUUCAUGUCUUUCCUAACUUUAAUUAUUAGUGUAGUUCUAAAUCAUGUUGGCGAAUUUUGUGGUGGACGUGGUUGCGGGUGUUUUGACUAUUUAUGACAUUUUGUCGUAGUGGUAGAUGUGAACUUAACAGUGAUUUAAGGAAAUUGAUAAUGUCAUGAUGAUCGAAAAGUGAUGAGUAAAAUGCGAUGUUGAAAUGAUAAUUUUCGGUAAAACUUUUAUUA